UUUUUUGCCGCUAAAGUCGAAGGUUGUGCAAACUAGUCAGAUGCUAAAUAUCGACGGAAAGCUCUUGGGAAACACAGACUGGACUCCAGCAUUAACCGUCAUCUUAGAGACGUCUGUUCUUCCAGACCGACAAUAUGGGCAUUCAAGGCCUGUUGCAGUUUAUCAAAGAUGCUGGGGAGCCUAUGAAUGUGAAAAAGUAUAAGGGGCAGACAGUAGCUGUGGACACAUACUGCUGGCUCCAUAAAGGAGCUUUUUCAUGUGCUGAGAAACUUGCAAAAGGGGAACCAACGGAUCAGUAUGUGUCCUACUGUAUGAAGUUUGUGGAAAUGCUUCUUUCUUUUGGCGUUAAGCCCAUCUUGGUGUUUGAUGGGCGUAACCUGCCUUCUAAAAAAGAGGUGGAGAAAGCCAGACGAGAGCGUCGACAGGCGAAUCUGCAGAAAGGCAAACAGCUGCUGCGGGAGGGGAAGGUAUCAGAGGCCAGAGACUGUUUUACUCGCUGUGUUAAUAUCACUCCAUCCAUGGCACAUGAUGUCAUCAAGGCUGCCAGGACGCGUGGAGUGGAUUGUGUUGUUGCACCUUAUGAAGCUGAUGCCCAGUUAGCUUUCCUGAACAAAUUAGGUAUCGCUCAGGCAGUGAUCACAGAGGACUCUGACCUGCUUGCAUUUGGCUGCAAAAAGGUGAUUUUAAAGAUGGAUAAACAGGGUAAUGGUCUGGAGAUCGACCAGUGUCAUCUCGGCCGCUGCAAGUCGCUAGGCAACAUCUUCACAGAGGAGAAGUUUCGUUACAUGUGCAUCCUUUCUGGCUGUGACUACCUGCCCUCCCUGUAUGGCAUUGGUCUGGGAAAGGCAUGCAAGCUUCUCAGGAUAGCCAAUAAUCCAGAUAUUUUGAAGGUGAUAAAGAAGAUCGGUCAGUACUUGAAGAUGGAGAUCACUGUGCCUGAUGAGUAUAUUGAGGGUUUCACCAAAGCCAACAACACAUUUCUGUACCAGCUUGUCUUUGACCCCUUGAAGAGGAAGGUGGUUCCGCUGAACCCUUACCCAGAUCACAUCGACCCCACCUCCCUUAGCUAUGCAGGAACUAAUGUAGGAGAUGAGAAAGGAUUGGAAAUGGCUCUUGGAAAUAUGGACAUCAACACGAUGCAAAGGAUAGACAACUUCAACCCUGAUUCACCCCAGGCUUUGCCCACUAAAGCUGCCCGUAGUAGUGGGUGGAACAGCAGACGUGACAACUGUGGCCUGUUGCAGAAGAGUAUUUGGAGCAAGAAAUAUGAACCGGGCGGCACCAAGCCACAGAGUCCCACCAGUCCCAAAAGACCCCCACCUACUCGGGGCAAAGAGAAGAUUGUCAGCGUACAGAGUCUAAAACUGCCGAAGAGGGAGUCACGGGUGAAAAGACCCCGUGAAGACUCCAGUGUCUCUGUGGACGACCUGUUGGGGCAGUACUCAGCUGAUGUAAAGAGGCACCGUCCUGAAACUCCACCCACCAGUGACUCACCCAUCUCUAAGGAGAAGGGAAGUGUCAACACAGCUGAACUGCACAGGCCUCGAAACCGCUUUGCAACGCUGUUGCAGUGGAGGAACCAAUCAGAGGAAGGCACUGGAGAACAGGGCACACGCAGCAGGUUCUUCUGUCGUGGUGAAUCAACUGUCGUAGAGACACAAGAAGCCUCUAUAAAACAAGAUUCACCUCAUCCUGCAGAGUCUACAGAGAACUCACAAUCUGGUGACAGACUGUCCUUGUGUGAGGACCCCGACACUGAGGAACAACAGGCCAGAGAUGAUCAAGUCAAAGAUGAGCUAGCAAGCCCCUCUCACUCUGACAGACCUGCCAGCCUGGGUCUGGGGGUCUUUAGCUGGUCAGGAAAAACCGGAGAACUCAAUAAAGCUACUACUCAUACAGCCUCGAUCGCCACAGAUAGACUUGCCUCAAAAUCUACACCUUCCGGGUUGUCCAGCCUACAGCAGUUCCAACGAAAGAAGGGCAGCUUCUCCUGGAAAGGAUCUGGGAAGCGUUCUCUUUCAUCUUCUCCUGUAGAGGGCACUAAAGAUUCAGAGACGUCCCCUGAUUCGCCUCCAUCUCAGGACAGUGCAUAUUUCUCUCAGUCCAGCAUCGCCUCCACUAGUGUUGAGGAAGACAUCAAUGAUAGGGAAAAGGAGAGAGAUUCAGAUUGUUCCAACAGCCCAAGCAGUUCUCCCACAGAUAAGUCAAAACCUCAGAAUCGAACAAAGGUUUCAGGCUUGUCCCGGAAGCAGCCUUGUGGGCAGGGUAAAGGCGGGAAAAUUGAGACUUCUGCCCCUGCCAGGCCCAGCGGCCUGAGAAAGAAACCAAGCGUGAAGAAAAACACAGUCAACAACGAGAACAGCCCAGGCUUGCAAGCCACCAUCAGCGGCCUCUGGGGGGCAUUCAGUUACAAAAAGGACAAUCCAAAAAUAUGCACAUCCCGGAAAGGAGAGCCGAUGUCUCCAGUCAGAGAUAAUGUGAUGACGGAACCAGCUGAAUCAGAUAAAGGGAUUUUAAACAUCAGUGAAUGAUGCCUUACUUUUUAACCAUUCAUACUCUGUUAAGAGUAACACAAGCUUUGAA